AUGCACUUCCUAUCUUUUUCAGCCCUUGCAGAGAUUGCUCUGCUGGCAGCAGUCUGCACUGCCCUUCCAUACGAGGAGUACAUCUUAGCACCAGCCACUCGAGAGCUGGUUCCGGACAGGGUGUAUCACGUCAACGGCUCCAUUUCUAACCCCUCUGCUUUAACCAAUGGAAAAGGUGGGAGAGCGACUUUCCACAGUGUCUCAUCCAUCACUUAUGACUUUGGGCGCAACAUCGCUGGUAUUGUCUCGCUGGACAUCAGCCAGGUUUCGUCGGAGGAUGCCUUCAUCGGAGUCACGUUCUCUGAAUCUAGACUCUGGAUCAACAAUGAGGCUUGUGACGCAACUGCCGAUGCAGGUCUUGACUCACCGCUGUGGUUUCCUGUCGGACUUGGCUCGGGACGAUACACAGCAGAGAAGAAACACAACCGCGGUGCUUUUAGAUUUCUGACUCUCGUCGCCAACACAUCCGCGACUAUUGCUGUUGAAAGUGUCCGAGUGAACUUCACGGCGGCCCCGGCUCAAAACCUCCGGGCGUAUACGGGCUACUUCCACUGCAACGAUGAAUUGCUCAACCGCAUCUGGUACGCAGGCGCAUACACAAACCAGCUGUGCACCAUUGAUCCCAGCAUGGGGGAUGCGUUGCCCUGGCUGGGCACGAUUAACUCUAGCGACAACAUCACCCUCCCGGAGACUGUCGCCUGGUGGAGUAACUAUACCAUCGCCAACGGGAGCAGCGUGCUCACGGACGGAGCGAAGCGGGAUCGUCUGAUCUGGCCGGGUGACAUGUCCAUUGCGCUGGAGAGCGUCGCUGUCAGCACGUAUGACUUGUACAGUGUGCGCGUGGCGUUGGAAACACUCUUUUCAAUGCAGCAAGCGAACGGCCGUCUUCCUUAUGCGGGCAAGCCUUUCUUCGAUAUCGUCAGCUAUACCUACCAUCUCCACAGCCUGAUCGGCGUCUCGUACUUGUACCGGUACUCAGGGGACCUGAACUGGCUUUCUGCACACUGGAGCCAGUACAAACGAGCCUUGCAAUGGUCAUUGUCCAGCAUCGACGACACGGGGCUAGCCAACGUAACCGCAAGCGCGGACUGGCUGCGUUUCGGGAUGGGAGGCCACAACAUCGAAGCAAACGCAAUCCUCUACUUCGUUCUCCAGGAAUCUCUCAUCCUCUCACAAACCCUCAACGAUACCGCCUCCUCGUCAAACUGGACCCGCAUCGCAGCGACCCUCAAAUCCGCAGCCAACGCAAGACUCUGGGACGGCGCCGCAGGCCUGUACCGCGACAACGAGACUACAACCCUCCACCCGCAAGACGGCAACGCCUGGGCCCUCAAAGCCAACCUCACCCUCUCAGCCAACCAGUCAUCUACGAUUUCCGCCGCCCUAGCCGCACGCUGGGGCCCAUACGGCGCCCCGGCCCCAGAGGCGGGGGAUACCAUAUCCCCCUUCAUCGGCGGUUUCGAGCUGCAAGCCCACUUUCUUGCGGAGCAGCCGCAGCGGGCUCUGGCCCUGAUCCGGCGCCAGUGGGGAUUCAUGCUUGACGAUCCGCGAAUGACGCAGUCGACGUUUGUAGAGGGGUACUCGACGGACGGGGCGUUGCAGUACGCGCCGUAUACGAAUGAUGCGCGGAUCUCGCAUGCGCAUGGAUGGGCGACUGGUCCGACUGCGGCGCUGAUGUUCUAUGUGGGUGGGUUCCGGCUUGCUGGGUCGGCUGGGAAGGCGUGGGUGUUUGCGCCUCAGCCUGGGGACCUGAGGAGUGUUGAGGCGGGGUUUGAGACCUCUUUGGGGGUGUUUUCGUCGGAGUUCAAGAGGGGGAGGAGUGGUGGGUACAUGAACUUGGUGUUUGCGACGCCUGAGGGAACGAGGGGUGAUGUGAAGCUUGAGGCGGAGGGGAUGCUGGUCUCGAGUAAUGGGACGAGGGUGAGGCUUGUUGAUGGGGUUGCUUCCGGUUUGCAUGGUGGCACUUGGAGGUUGGAGAGGUUGUAG